CCUUUUAAGACGGCUCUGUAUUUAACUCCUACCACACGGCUGGUCACUCCGUUAGCAAACCUCUCGACACAACGGAAACGCGGGAACUUUUUUUCCCUUCGCGCGGAGGGUGACGUCGCGCGUGCGUAAGCGUACCUUUCGCAGCACCCGUUACGCUCUUGCGCGUGCGUAGUGAGGUCGGAUAGCUGCUUCCUCCCGCUUCUCUUCCUCCCUCCCCCCAUAUCCGUGCGCCGAGCUGAUAAAGGCGCCAUUUUGGAGGGGCCGCGGGAGACGUGGUGUCGCUGCGGACUCGCUCUGCUGUUCGCUAGGCUUGGUGGGAAGGCCUGUUCUCGAGUCCGCGCUUUUCGUCGCCGCCAUGUCGGGAGGUGGUGUGAUUCGUGGCCCGGCAGGGAACAACGAUUGCCGCAUCUACGUGGGUAACUUACCUCCAGACAUCCGAACCAAGGACAUUGAGGACGUGUUCUACAAAUACGGUGCUAUUCGCGACAUCGAUCUGAAGAAUCGCCGCGGAGGACCGCCCUUCGCCUUCGUUGAGUUCGAGGACCCGCGAGACGCGGAAGACGCUGUGUAUGGUCGCGACGGCUAUGAUUACGAUGGAUACCGUCUGCGGGUGGAGUUUCCUCGAAGUGGCCGUGGUACAGGCCGAGGCGGCGGCGGGGGUGGAGGUGGCGGGGCUCCUCGAGGCCGCUAUGGCCCCCCAUCCAGGCGUUCUGAAAACAGAGUGGUUGUCUCUGGACUGCCUCCAAGUGGAAGCUGGCAGGAUUUGAAGGAUCACAUGCGUGAAGCAGGUGAUGUAUGUUAUGCUGAUGUUUACCGAGAUGGCACUGGUGUCGUGGAGUUUGUACGGAAAGAAGAUAUGACCUAUGCAGUUCGAAAACUGGAUAACACUAAGUUUAGAUCUCAUGAGGGAGAAACUGCCUACAUCCGGGUUAAAGUUGAUGGGCCCAGAAGUCCAAGUUAUGGAAGAUCUCGAUCUCGAAGCCGUAGUCGUAGCAGAAGCCGUAGCAGAAGCAACAGCAGGAGUCGCAGUUAUUCCCCAAGGAGAAGCAGAGGAUCACCACGCUAUUCUCCCCGUCAUAGCAGAUCUCGCUCUCGUACAUAAGAUGAUUGGUGACACUUUUUGUAGAACCCAUGUUGUAUACAGUUUUCCUUUACUCAGUACAAUCUUUUAAUUUUUUAAUUCAAACUGUUUUGUUCAGAAUGGGCUAAAGUGUUGAAUUGCAUUCUUGUGUAAUAUCCCCUUGCUCCUAACAUCUACAUUCCCCUCAUGUCUGAUAAAUUGUAUUUUAAGUGAUGUCAUAGACAGGAUUGUUUAAAUUUAGUUAACGUUCCAUGCUCUUCAGACUGUGAUAUUGUGUAAAUGUCUAUUCUGCUCUGGUUUGUGUGAAUCUGGGAUGUGGGGUGUUUGUGAUUAUCUUACCUGGGGAAGUUCUUAUGUUUAUCUUGCUUUUCAUGUGUCUUUCUGUAGACAUAUCUGAAGAGAUGGAUUAAGAAUGCUUUGGAUUAAGGAUUGUGGAGCACAUUUCAAUCAUUUUAGGAUUGUCAAAAGGAGGAUUGAGGAGGAUCAGAUCAAUAAUGGAGGCAAUGGUAUGACUCCAAGUGCUAUUGUCACAGAUGAAAUUGGCAGUAUUGACCUUAUACUAAAAAGCAAGGGUUAAAAGUAAUUAUAUACAUCUACCUUAAAACACUUGCAAACGUCUUAUGCAGUUAUCUUUAGCUACAAUUGCUUUGCUCUUUAAACCUUGGCAAUUGUGGCAAAAUUACAUUGCCCAUUUUGUAACAAUUUUGCUCCCUUCCCUUUUUUGUUUUAAUAGGGACUAAUGUGGGAAGAACUGGCUAAUUUGUCACAGUGCUUAGUUACAACUGUUAAUGUGUGACCUGCUGUUGGUGUACAUGUGGGUACAGGGUGUCUUUAAUUCCAACCAGAUAGAGUAUAAUAUCAAUACUGCUAAAUCUGCAUGUCCUCUGUGUGACUGAUAUAGCGUUGCUACUUCAUUUUUUUUAAGACAAAAUGAAAGCAGAAUAUAGAAUUCCAACGUAUUGGUGUAGAUAAUCUAGUUGGGAAUACUUUUAAGUCUCACCUUCCCCUUUAAACUAAUAUUCAUAAUUGAUUCAUAUGUUUAAAACACUUUAAUUUACGGAUUAAAUUGCAAAUGGGAGCAUUAGAUUUAGUUUAGACUUAGGUGGGUAGCAAUACCAGUAAACUUUUCAACUACAUAACUUUUUGCAACCACAAAACCUGUAAUACGCUGUACAGUAACAAGUGUUGGCAUUAUCAGUUGAACUGUAAAUAUAAAAUGCUUCUUCCAAUUAGUCUCUAUGAUGAUUAAGUUUCUAAAAUUUAUCUGAACACCAUUCAGAAACUUGUUUUGGGGAAUUUGAUAGUUAUUGAUGUACAUCUGUUAAACUGAUGACAGACAUAACUCAUCAUUCCCCAGAAACCUUUUUUGAUUACAGUAUCUAACAUUUUGCCUCCUCUUUUUUGGUUUUGCUGGUUAUAAAGGUUUGGAUUGGAGAGGGCUCACUGGAUCCCAAUCCUUGGAGCUGGAUCAUUGGAUUCAAAUCAUAAUGUGGAUAGGAUAGGGAGGAUGAAUUACAAGGAUUCAUGGAGCGGGAUCAGAUUACCAGGAACAUAGGAGUGGAUUCCUGCCCCAACCAAACCGCAUUCGUGUGGAUUUCUUUUUUUUUUUUAUUCAACUUAAUUGGCUAUUCCAAAGAUUUUUUUUUUUCCUAUUUUUGACGAUUGGAGCCCUUAAGAUGCACGAUGGAAUUUGUUUUGCAUUUUUUGGUAAAAGGAGCAAAGCGAGGACCUGGAGAUAUACGCUGGAGCAAUCUCCUUGGAAGGAUUCAGCACGAGUAGAUGGUAAACAUUUAAAGGGGAAAGGGGGGGUUUGUUUAAAAUAGUAAAUCAGUAAGUCACUUCUAAAUUUAAAGAAAACAAAAUUGGAGUUGAAGAAUAAGUAGGUUUCCAAUUGGCUAUUGCCGUUUUUCUUUGAAAAAAAAUAAACAUUUUUUAAAAAACUA